AUGGCUCCUUCCGAAUAUCGGAAGAUCUCCGAAGCCUCCGAAAUCGACUCUCUGACGCUUGAAGAAGGGGAGACUGAAGAGCCCUUGUCACAUGCACCACCGCGCGGCAAGUUAUUCAGGAAUCUUCCAGGCUGGGCAUAUGCAAUCCUUGGUCUAUCUCUGGUUAUUGUCGGCUUUGCUGCAGGAUUGUUCAUCGACCUAGACAUUGACAGGAAAUGCCUUAUUCGCAAUUCUUAUUAUUCUCCCGCUCUUGAUCAAAUUGACGCAGGGUAUGAACCCGUUCGGUUCAAUAGUACCGUUGGUAACCCCACCCCGUUUGGAGGGACCCCACGACCUGAGGUCGACAAUGCGUGGGCGGCUGUGGACCAAGUUCAGGUGCGGGGUAUAUCUCGAGAGGAAUUGAUCCGCAUUGGUGGCUCGGUGGAUGAUGUGAGGUUACCCGAAGAUCUAGGAGGCGGGUACAUGGCUUCGGACAUGUAUACUCAUGAGCUCCACUGCCUCAACUUCCUCCGGAAAGCAACGUAUCCCGAGUACUACAACCAGUCACAUGGAUUCACGGAUCUACCGCAUGUGGUACGCCUGCAUCUAGGUGAGAAAGUAUUCUUCUUAUCCCGACUUUGA